UAGUAGGUACAGGAUUGCGCUAGAAAGUGUGGUGUGUAUGUAAAGCCGAUGGAAAGUGGAUAAGAAUAGGUGUUUGAGUCUUGAAAGUGUUUGUAGUGUUAUUGGUAUUUAUGAAAAAAAAAAAAAAAAAAAAAAAAAAAAACACACAGAAGUAUCAGCUGAUCUAAUUGUGGUGUGGUCAUUUGUUAAGAUUUUUAGAACUUGUAUUUUGUGUGGUGUUUUAUUAUGUUUCUAAAAGCUGGUUCAGUGUAUUAGCACUGAUGGAUGAUUUAGCUCACUAGUUCUAGAUUCAGCUCCUAACUUGGAGAAUCAGAUGCUCCUCUUUAUCCUUUUGAUAUGCCCUUUGAUCAGCUCAAGUGAACCUGUUGCACUCUCUGCUGAUAUAACUCUUGGUUAUUGAUUCAGGUGAGCCUCUAUGCCCUGUUAAGGUAGAAACAUCAAUGGAGGAAAACAGUCAGCAUUCAUAACAGCAAAGAGCAGAGCUCUGGGAAGUGCAGGAGUAUGAAAAUACCUGGGCUUCUCAGAGCUAUAACAUAUUCAUACAGCUCAAUAGAAGUUCAAGAGUUUGAAACUGCUGUGUUUUUAUACAUACAGCAAACCCACGCUGAUGAUUCCUGUUUAUAUAGGAGUACAGAAUUAUAAACUUAUCACUCCAGAAGUUCAAGAGUUUGAAACGACAUUUCUCAUAUGUAUGCAGCAAACUCACACUGAUAAUUCCUAUAGCACAGGAGUGUUGUGCAGAUUCCUGGGCUACUUGGCUGUAUUAAAUAUUCUCAUUGCUAAAUGGAAGUUCAAGAGUUUGGAACUACUGUACUCAUAGGUGUGCAGCAUGAUGAGAGGUAUUGAAAUUUUCAUUUUCAAUAAGUUUGGAGGUCUGUUUAUGUGGUAAAAAUUGUUUCCUGAACUAAAAGUACCAGAGGACUGAAUUAACCAUGUAUAUUGUGUUUCACUUAUAGAAAGGAGAUGCCUAUAUGUGCUAAGCGACUGUUACUGGUGAAGUAGCAACCUCUUUGUUCAAACCAUUUGGGCUGGAGCCAUUUUGGACAACACUGUUGUCAGGAAAACCUGUGAAAAAUAUUUUGGCAAUUAAAGUGAUAAUGUUCGUGAUUGUGCAUCAAAGUAGAGAUCAAAUGAAUACAACUAUCUGAUGAAGCCAGAAAAAGUUAAGUCCCGUUGGCGACGUAGCAGCGAAAUGGAAUGUUGUGAAAAGGCUGGGGCAUCACCUUUAGAAUUUGAUUUAGAUGGAUCAUCAGAUGUAUGUAUCAAAGAAACAGCAAUUGAAGUUAAAUCAGUCUCUAAUGAUUCAGUAGAUGGCUCAGAAAGUGUGAAUGAAAGCAUUCCUGUGUAUGAUGUUUUAGAAGAAAAUUUAUAUCUGUUUGAAAGGAAACGAACUAAGCGGAAGAAAGAAGUUCGGCGUAUGUUAUGUGAUUGCUCAUUAAAUAAUGAGGAAAAAAAGACUGGAGUUUUGGGAUGUCUAGAUGAAUGCUUAAAUCGAUUAUUGAUGAUUGAAUGUGGUUCACGUUGUGCUACUGGUGAUGCUUGUUCAAAUAAACGGUUUCAAAAAAGACAGUAUGUUAAAGCAGAGCCAUUUAAAACGGACAAAAAAGGAUGGGGGCUAAAGCUUCUUGAAAAUGUUCCUAUGGGAACAUUUGUAAUUGAAUAUGUUGGUGAAAUCAUUAGCAGGAAAGAGUUCAAGCAACGUGUUAAGCAAUACGCUAGAGAGAAGUCAAAGCAUUAUUAUUUCAUGGCUUUAAGAAGUGAUGAAAUAAUAGAUGCAACAAAUAAAGGAAACCUCUCACGAUUUAUGAAUCACAGUUGUGAUCCUAACUGUGAAACACAAAAGUGGACAGUAAAUGGAGAGCUCAGGAUUGGAUUUUUUGCUAAGCGAGAUCUUAAAGCUGGAGAAGAGCUUACUUUUGAUUAUAGAUUUCAACGUUACGGACGCCUGCCACAAAAAUGCUAUUGUGGAAGUAGCAUAUGCAGUGGCUAUAUUGGUUUAUCCAGUCAAAUAUCAUUGGACAUUAACACUAGUAAGACAGGUAAUAAGCGUAAAAAGCCAACUGAGGAAAAGAUGAGGGACUUGGAGGAUUUAAUGUUGGAAGAAGAAAUAGGAAAAUUGAGUGAGAUUGGUGGUCUGCGCAACAAAGAUGACACCUUGAUGUUGGCAAGGUUAAUGGUUCGAGCAGAAGAUUUUCAUUCACGUGAGAAACUGCUUGAAAUUCUUCUGGGAACCUCUGAAGUUGCUUGCCUUCGUCUUUUCCUUGAUUACCAUGGUCUCUCCUUAUUAUGGAGCUGGAUGGCAUAUCUGACAGAUGAGAAAUUAAAAGAAAAGAUUUUAAGGGUUCUGAAGUUGCUUCCAGUGCCAAAUAAGACUUUACUCCUAGAUAGUAAAGUUAUGAAUGUAAUCGAAAAAUGGGCAUCUCCUGUACCUAAUAUUGGAGAAGGUGAUUAUCAUUCUGCUGACCUGAGUGAUUAUCCAGCCCAUAAAGAAUUAACUGUAUAUCCAAAGAAAGUGAAAUCCUGUGAUACAUCUGAUAGUGAACCUGAUGGCAUUGCUUGUGUUCAGCCUUCAGAAUCAUGCUUUAUUUCAUCGAAUUUAUCUCAGAGUACUGAAGUUAAAUCAAAUAAUAUUGUUAGUGCAUCAAAUCUGAACAAUGUUUUUGAACUUCACAGAGGUGUGACUGGAUCAAAUGUUCAAGAAAGUACAAUUACAAAUGGAUUCAAAAAUAAUAUUGCAGACAGUUCUCGUUCUGAUGAAGACAGUGCUGAUGUGCCUGAUGAAAGAGAUACUAUAAAAUUUAAUAAAACCAGUGUGGAAUUGUCAACAUUAGCUCGCAGUUUACUUGAUUCAUGGAAAGACUUGAAGAAAGUGUUUCGUAUUCCUCGCCGAGAGUCACAGAAACCAAAAGUUGAAGGAUUUGCUGAGAAAGACAAUCAUGGUGGCUUAAAUGAAAUUUGCAAGAACUGUAACAUUCCACAUGAAGACUUCUGUAAACAGUGUGAACCAAAGCAUCAUGAUGAAAAGCCUUUUGAGCGCUCGAAUGUCUUUACUGAACUAUCUAUGGAUGAAAAACCUCGCAAAGUUCUUCUUCCGACUCCGCCUCUAUCAAUCAAAGAAGAAAGACAAUACCCAAUCUCACAUUUAUUAACCAAAGAAGAGAAACGCAAGCAGUUUGCAAAAAAAAUCCAGCAGAAAGAUCAGAGGGAUGCAAAAUUACGGAAGCAUCUGAAACAUCCAAAUACUUCUGAUGUGAAUGGGUUUCCUGAUGUUUCAUCCUUUGCCUCUGAUUCUGUAUCUUAUUUUAAUGCUACAGAUGAAAACUAUUCUUUUGUAGAUCCCUCUUACAAGACCUCUGGAAGUACCAUUUCCCCUUAUGAUCAGUACUAUUAUAAUACGAAAUGCUUACAGUCACCUCGACCUGCCCUCUUGCCAACGCCUGGGACUGAAUCUACUACUAUAAAUCCAGGCUCUCUUCCAUCCAUUCCAGAUAAUUCUGCUACCAUCAUGUAUACGCCAAAUGUUUUGUAUCCUCCUCAUCAUCCUUCUCCUCAGGUACCAUAUUUAGGAGGAGUUCCUCCACCUAUUCCUCAGCAGCCACAAAAUGUUGCUUUAUUUGGUCCACAGACUACUACCCUACCUCCUGUUUCUAAUCUGAUUGGAACUGGAAGCGUGACUUCACCAUCAGUAGUGUCCCCUACAGCUAGAGCUAUGGGUACAGAAACAGCUGCAUCUAAUAAUAUGAGUUCUAAUUUAUAUAAUGAUGUACAAAAUUCUAGUUGCAUUUCUGCUCACACGGUGAUUUCAGCAUCUCCCGUCACACAUGGAUAUGCUUCAAAUCAGAGUGGUCAGAAAACCAUGUACUGUUCUCCAUAUGCAGGAACAUCAGCUGUAGAACAGAUAUCUGCAUCACAAUCAUAUACAGUAUCAGAAAAUACAAAUGGGGAAACAACACUGAAAUCUUCUCCGGUUAAACUUCCUGUAAACUGGAAAACUGCUACUGACUCUGAAGGAAAUAUAUAUUAUUACCAUAUCAUUACGAGGCAAACACAAUGGGAUCCACCAGAAUUUGAUGAAAGCUCUGAAAAUAUUGACGAUGGAACUCCUUCAUACGAUGAACCCAAAAUAGAACAUAAACAUGAAAAACAUUCUCGUAGAUCCCAUAAAAAGUCAAAGAAGAAAAAUUAUGCAAUUGUUCAACUGAAAGUUGAUUCAAGUGGUAACCCUGUUACUGUAGAAAUAGCAAAAAAGAUAAAGGAACUUUUUAGGACAAAAAUGUCAAAAUUUGUUGUUGAAUGUUUAAAUCCAUAUCGUCGGCAGGAAUGUAGAGUUGGAAGGAUUACAAAUAAUGAUGAUUUUAAACACUUAGCAAGAAAGCUCACACAUUUUGUUAUGGCUAAGGAAUUAAAACACUGCAAAAAUGUUGAAGAUCUAGAAUGCAAUGAUAAUGUAAAGCACAAAGCGAGGGAUUUUAUUCAUAAAUACAUGUCAAAAUAUGGCCCUGCAUAUAAAAAGGAAAAAUGUGAAACACCUGAUGAUGAUUAAGCAACAUAUGCAAUAGAAUUUAGUACAACAUAGCUAACCAUAUGCCUGCCUCCACAUGAUAUCAUGUUAUUUUUCAUUGUUAUACAUUUUUUAUCAUUUUCGUUGUGUAAAUAUAUAUUUCAUUUAUGUAUGAGAGACGAAGCAUGGGUGUGAUUUUUUUACGACAUUUUUUUACAAAAAUCUUUGUUGAAUAGUGUAGUCAAUGUAGAAAGGAUGACCUAUAACAAAUGUAUGUUAGAUUUAUAAGGAAUUCAAAUGUUACUUAAUAUGAUUUGAAAAAUGUCAAUAUUAUAAAAAUCAUUCUUAAGAAUGAAUAUAUCUUCAUCAUUUUCACUGUUCAUGAAAUUCAUAUUAAAUGUUACAUGUACAGAAAACUUUGUAGAUUAAAUGUGUUCAACUUAUUUGAAUAUUUGAAAUGCUUAUCCUUUCUUCCCCAGUAAGACUUGAGUUGAAUGAAAUUUUGAAUAAUACUCAAUAAAUAAUAUUUAUGAUUUUUAAUAAUAGUCAUUAAAUGUCCAAUAAUUUUGUGUUAUUAAAGUUAUUAAAAACAGCAGUGUGUGUUUUGUUAUAAAAUUUUAAGUUCUUUUAUUUUUAUUCAAACUGUAUCUGAAUCUUGUUUUCCUCCCACAUUCUGUAAUUUAGGUUUUCAGUAUUACAUUUUAACUUUUUUUGUAAAAUGUAAUAAUCAAUCCUGUUAGAAAAAUUCUAAUAAAGUUAUUGAAAAUCUUGGCCACUUUUCUAACAAAAGAGAUUAACCAAAAUGUUCAUAAAGUAAUAUGUAUUAAAGCAUUGUGAAAUGAAUUAGUUCAAUUUUUGAACCAUGUAUAGUGUUCUAAGUAAUGCUAAAUUUUCAAGUCAUAUAGAUUAAUUUAAAAUUAUAUAGGUUUUAUUUAUACUUCAAAUGUGAAGCAUAUUCAGUUUCAAUGUUACAUUUAAAGUAGAAGACUAAAAAUUAAAAUUAAAAAAAGACAAAAAGGCGUCGACAUUUUGAUUUAAUUUGCAAAAUAACCUCUUCCAGAUUAUUACUAAAAUUUAUAUUGUUUUCUUAUAUGUCAUUGGGAAGGAAAAUGGUAUAAUGUUUGUAAAAUUUGUUUCUUUAUGAUAUCCCAGUUUAUUUGAUACACCUACCAGAGAUAAAUGUAUGUGAUAUGCCAGCCAAAGUAUUCUAUUUGUAUUAAUUAUUAAUGUGUUAAGGUCUUUUGCAUUAAGAAGUGUGGUUGUAAAACGUGUCACAAUAAAGCAAGUAGAGAACAAACAUUUUUCUUUGAACAUAUGUUCAAUACUGUCAGCAGCUUCACGAAUAUGGUAAAAGCAAUUCUGAGAGGAGUUUUUUCGUUCAUUUCAGUGAAAGUAUUAUUGUAUUUCUAAUCAAUGUAGGCAGGACUCUUCUAAUAAAAUUAAUGCAAAAUGUAUAUUGAAUUUUGCUUAGUUGAACUAUUGAAAUUGAUGUACAUAUUUAUUAUCACAUGAUGGUGUUCGCUGUACUCAUCAAUAAUAUUUUAAUUGUUAAAAAGUGCUGUUCAGCUUUAACAAAGAUCUUUUUUUAAAAUUAAACCUUUUGGGGGUUACUUUUCAUUGAGUUAAACAUCUAGACUCAUGCGCACACAAAAAUUAAACAUUUAAAAAUAAUAUCAAUUCUUAGUGUCAGGAAAAACACUGUUAUAAAACUUUUGGAAUUCAUGUGGACAUCAUUCAUUCAAAAUCUGAAUUUUCAAUUCUCAGUCACCCAUCCUGCAAAGAAUUUAUAUGAUAAAAAUUCAUUUCAUGUAAUUAAAUACAUUUCAUACAGCUAAAAUUAUUCCAUAUUUGAGCACUGAAAUACUUGAAAAAAUUUAUAAACUUUAAUAAAAUAUGAAUAUUAAUUGUUUGAUUGAUGAGUAGCUGUAUUUAUAAUAUAUCUAAUAAAGGGCCUUUGAUAUUCCUUUUAAAUAUGCCAUAACUUAUGAUGACAUAAAUUAUGUAGUGUUUAUGGGAAGCCUUGGUUUCUAUAACUGAGAUUAAUUACUUACUGUUUAUGUGAGAAGACAUAUGAAUUAGUUUUUGCUCUAGCUUAUAUCUUUGUAAAGAUGUAACUUCUGUUUCCUUCAAAACUGCCGUUUAUGUAAAUCAUGUUUUAUUUUGACAAUAAGCAGCACUUUUGAAUGAAAUAGUAAUGGAAAAAUUUUUUAAUAAUGAAAAUUCUUUGGAAAAUUUGUUGAAUCUAACUGAAUUUUAUUUCCCUUUUAGAAAUUUUUCUAUUUGUAAUAAUUAAAAAUGGAAGUCUUGCCAGUUUCUUUACUAUAUUAUUAUUUAAAUCACCAGUGUGUGAUUUUGUACAGUGUGUAUUUAUAAAAAUUCUGAGACUAAGGAAUAGUUUAGUUGUUUAAUUUUUUUUUAAUGUUACAUAAAGCAUAUUGUUUUCCUCCUUUCAUAAUUGCAGUUAUGCAGAAUAAGACUUAAUUUAAUUAUUUUCUUCAUAUAUGAUGUUCCUUUAAUUAAAUGCAGAUUUAUGGCAGUCCUCAGUGUUAGCUCACAUGCCCAUGGGUGUUGCUCUUUGCUUAUACUGCAGUCUAUUAAAACAGAUCGGAAGUACAGCACUACAUGGCCCCAGUGUCCUUUAAAGUGCUUUAUGGCCUAGAGUGUCAAACUGUGGUCUGUUUUAUGGAAGCCAAAUUCUGCACUGCCAUCACAAAAGCAUAUCUAUGCAAUUACCUCUGAUAUAUGAAUAGUUCCCUGAAGUGACCAUCUGAUAAACCCUUGGGACUGUUAUAAACUUAUUAUUAUCAAUCUAUAAAACAGUUGAUGUUCUAUUUAUAAUGAAUUGUUAUUUAUAUUAUUCAAUUACAAGAAAUUUAAUAAUUUUAAUUUUUGAUAUUUUAAAGUUAUUUUGCCUUUAAAAUAUGAUCUUAUUUCUAAUUUUUUUUAACCCUGUUACUAUUUGUAUGUGUAUGUGCUUGUUUUUGUUGUAUAGCCAAGUUACGGAAAAUUUUGAUUAAUUUAUGUAUAAAUUUUUAUUGAUUGAUUGUUUAUUAUACCCAAGAUUUUGUGUGAAUAUAUAAUUUAAAAAUUUUCUAAAUUAUACUUAAGCUAUAAAUUCUUUUUGUCAUCACAAAUAGCUUUUUGUGAAAGGUAACUGUUUUUGUGAAAUUUGAGUUUUUCCCUUCAUUUUAA